AUUCCAGCCUGGGAUCUUUGCCUCAUGUCCUUGGGCUCCCGCCCAGCAGCCAGUUCUUGUCCCCACCCCCUUGUCACCUGCCCUGGGUUUUCUACCCAGCAGUCAUGCCCAGAGGUGUCAGAUUGCGUUUCCGGCCGCCUCUUCCCUUCACACCCCCCCCCCUCCCAACCCAGCACCUGUCCUCUCUCCUAUCCACCCACAUUCCCCAGCCCUGUAGACUGGAGGGGCCACCACAAGACCUAGUCAGAGGGACAGGAUGGAGGGGCCGGUGUUAACGCUGGGGCUGCUGGCUGCCCUGGUCAUGUGUGGUAAGAGUGGGCAUCACCCUGCCCUGAAGGGUCCCUCAGGACUUGCACGCAGGGUCCCUGCUGCAUGGUCCCCUCCUACUCCUCCCCUGCAUCAGGCCCAGCUCCCACCCCAACUCUGGAGGGGGUUGACCGCCAGGACCCUUUCCUGGGGAGUGGUUGGAUCCCCCCAGCUCAGCCCAGCCCCAUGGCCUGGCAGGAUUUCACGGCAGCCCCCUUCCCGGUCCCCCCUCCCAGCACCCCAUCCCUCUUCCUGUCCCUCCCCAGGCAGCUGGGGCCUGAACGAGGAGGAGCGGCUGAUUCGGCACCUGUUCGAAGAGAAGGGCUACAACAAGGAGCUCCGGCCUGUGGCUCACAAAGAUGAGAGCGUGGAGGUCUCGCUGGCCCUCACACUCUCCAAUCUCAUCUCUCUGAAAGAAGUUGAGGAGACCCUCACCACUAACGUGUGGAUUGAGCACGGCUGGACGGACCCCCGGCUGCAGUGGGAUGCUGAAGAAUUUGGAAAUAUCAGUGUCCUGCGCCUGCCCCCUGACAUGCUGUGGCUCCCAGAGAUUGUGCUGGAGAACAACAACGACGGCUCCUUCCAGAUUUCCUACGCCUGCAACGUGCUCGUCUACCCUUCGGGCUACGUGUACUGGCUGCCGCCCGCCAUCUUCCGCUCCUCUUGCCCCAUCUCCGUCACCUACUUCCCCUUCGACUGGCAGAACUGCUCCCUCAAGUUCAGUUCACUCAAGUACACGGCCAAGGAGAUCACCCUGAGUCUGAAGCAGGAGGAGAAAGAGGGCCGCUCCUAUCCCGUGGAGUGGAUCAUCAUCGACCCUGAGGGUUUCACAGAGAACGGGGAGUGGGAGAUAGUGCACCGGCCAGCCAGGAUCAACGUGGACCCCAGUGUCCCGCUGGACAGUCCCGGCCACCAGGACGUCACCUUCUACCUCAUCAUCCGCCGCAAGCCCCUCUUCUACAUCAUCAACAUCCUGGUGCCCUGCGUGCUCAUCUCCUUCAUGAUCAACCUGGUCUUCUACCUGCCGGCUGACAGUGGCGAGAAGACGUCGAUGGCCAUCUCGGUGCUCCUGGCCCAAUCGGUCUUCCUGCUGCUCAUCUCCAAGCGGCUGCCUGCCACGUCCAUGGCCAUCCCCCUCAUCGGCAAGUUCCUGCUCUUCGGCAUGGUGCUGGUGACCAUGGUCGUGGUGAUCUGUGUCAUCGUGCUCAACAUCCACUUUCGCACACCCAGCACCCACGUGCUGUCUGAGGGGAUCAAGAAGCUCUUCCUGGAGACCCUGCCCAAACUCCUACACAUGUCCCGCCCAGCAGAGGAUGGGCCCAGCCCGGGGGCUCUCGUCCGGAGAAGCAGUUCCCUGGGCUACAUCUCCAAGGCCGAGGAGUACUUCUUGCUCAAGUCCCGAAGUGACCUCAUGUUUGAGAAGCAGUCGGAGCGGCACGGGCUGGCCCGGCGCCUCACCACCGCACGCCGGCCCCCAGCAGGCUCUGAGCAAGCCCAGCAGGAGCUCUUCAGUGAGCUGAAGCCAGCCGUGGAUGGGGCCAACUUCAUCGUCAACCACAUGAGGGACCAGAACAAUUACAAUGAGGAAAAGGACUGCUGGAACCGAGUGGCCCGCACAGUGGACCGACUCUGCCUGUUCGUGGUGACGCCCAUCAUGGUGGUGGGCACGGCCUGGAUCUUCCUGCAGGGCGCCUACAACCAGCCCCCACCUCAGCCCUUCCCCGGGGACCCCUUCUCCUACCAUGAGGAAGAUAAGCGCUUCACUCUGGGGAAGCAGCUGGUAUGGUGAGCAGCCCUGUGGAGAGGCCCACACGGCAAGGAACUGAGGCUCUCUGCCUGCAGCCACAUGAGUGACCUUGGAAGUGGAUCCUCCAGCCCAGCUGGGCCUUCAGAUGAGAUCACAACCCUGGUGAACAUCUUGGGCACAGCCAGUUCUUGAGCCAGAACCACCCAGCUAAGCUGCUCCUGGAUUCCCGACCCUCAGAAACUGUGUGGGAUAGUAAAUGUUUGCUGUUUUAAGAGACAAAGUUUUGGGGUGCUUUGUGACACCAGCGGGGUGACCUUGGGUGAGCCACCCUCAUCUAUCAGCUGUUUUCUCGCCAGCAAAAUGUGUGUAUCAUAAGUCCCGUCUGUGAGGGGCUGUGAAAACAGAAUCUGCUAGUGGGCAUAAAGGUACUUACACGUGUCCUACAAAUGUAAGGGGUGGUUAUUUAACUCAUUCCUCAGUUGUGAGCCUGAGUCACAGGGGAUGGGCCUGUGGUCUCCCACAUCCAAGGCUGACAGGGAGUCUGUGGGCAGACUGGAGCAAGCACAGAGGGCCCAACGAAUCGUCUCCUGGAUGGACACACCGAAGGUCUUCACAGAUCAACCCGUCUCCCUCAGAGGGAGUUGGUGACCUCAUUGGCCCAGGUAUACAUAAGGCGGGAUUUUUUUGUCUGUCAAAGGAAAUGAACAAAAGACAAACCACCUAGCGUCAAAACUGACCCUGGUUACUUCUGCCUUCCAAUAUGAACCGUGCACAGGUUCGAGGUACGAAUCUUUAAUUUUGUCCCUCUGGGUGGGGAACGCGGGUUGGACUUACACCCAUCAGAUGAGCAGGAAGUCCGAGACUUCCCUGGAAUCGCCCUCUACGGGAGGGACCCCAUCCGAGCUCCAAGAGGCCCUGAACCAGACC